AUGGCACCACCUCCCUCAGCCAGAUCUCGUCUAAACCAAUUCUGUCAGGAGAUCGAAUCCACGCCAGACAUCUCGGAGGAACUGAAGGAGCACCUGGUCGUACUGUACUUCAAAUGGGAGCAACCCUGGUGUCAGCUCGUGGACGAGUCUCUUUUCCGCCAAAGCAUGCAUAGUCAAGGUCGUUAUUUCAGUCCCCUCCUAUUGAACAGCAUCCUUGCCAUUGCUUCCCGCUACUCUGACCGACCCGAGGUGCGCUCCGUUCGCGACGACCCCAACACAGCUGGUCAAACCUUCCUCGAGGUCGCCGAGGUGUUCCUCCACUUCGACCUGCAGUAUCCGAGUAUCACGACGAUACAGUCUCUCGGCAUCCUGGCGAUGAUGUAUGUGGCAACCGGAUCUGAUUCAAAGGGCUGGCUCCGUCAUGGGAUGGCCGUUCGCUUGGCUCUGGAUAUGGGCUUUAAUUUAGAUCAUCCAAGCCUGAGCAAGUCCAACGUACUGCCAGACGUGGAGAAAAAGCUUAGACGACAAAUUCAUUGGGCGCUAUAUUGCACAGAUAAGACUUGGGCAAGCUAUACUGGGAGAGUAUGUACUAUGCUGGUAUGUAUGAUCCCUCACCAACCAAGCAUAGUCCCUACCAUUACCCAAUGGACUUUCAUCGCUUAA